GAAUAGUUAGUCAACCGUGAUCGUAAUCAGUGCAUAUGUGGUUUAUGUGACCUACAAUAUGUUUGACCUUUUGUUCCUACCCCGUAUAAUUGUUUGGGCCCUUGCUAUGUUUUUAGGGGCCCUGUUUUCUGGAUAUGUUCCGAUUAUUUACAAUCUAUCUGAGGAUAAACUGAAGAAAAUUAGUGUAUUCGGCGCCGGACUGUUAGUGGGAACCGCUUUAGCCGUAAUCAUCCCUGAAGGUAUCAGGUCUAUGGUAUCAGAAAAUCACACUCAUAACUCAGCUCAGCAGCCAGUGGACUCAACAGUUAGUCAAGAGUCUAGUGAUCCUUUGUCUGUGAUAGGAAUUAGUUUAGUUAGUGGAUUUAUUUUCAUGUUAGUAGUUGACCAAGUUUCUCAAAAAAGAAAUGAAAAUCUUAAUCCUUCGGAGCGAAAUAUAACUGCAACUGUUGGUUUGGUUGUGCAUGCUGCUGCAGAUGGAGUUGCUUUAGGUGCUGCAGCCACGACUAGUCAUGCUGAUGUGGAAAUCAUUGUAUUUCUUGCAAUAAUGUUGCACAAAGCUCCUGCAGCGUUUGGUCUGGUUACAUUUUUACUUCAUGAAGGCAUAGAAAGGAAGAGAAUCAGAAAGCACUUGUUGAUAUUCUCAUUGUCGGCCCCCGUGCUGACGCUCCUGACAUAUUUCGGAAUCGGUCAGGAACAGAAAGAAACACUCAGCUCCUUCAAUGCUACAGGUAUUGCAAUGUUGUUUUCCGCUGGUACAUUCCUGUACGUGGCCACAGUUCACGUACUGGCUGAUCUGACUCAACCCAGUCAUCAAAGCCAAUACUCUAAAGUUCCCCAGAAUCUGGAAUCUGGCAAGAUUCAGACACAUUCCUCAGCUCUUGGCAUGCAGGAGUUGAUAUUUUUGGUUGUGGGUUGCGUGUGUCCUUUGUUUUUAUCGAUGGGUCAUCAUCAUUAAUGCUAAUACAAGUAAGUCUUUUAAUUGAAAACACAAUUGGAUGCAAGGAUAGAUUUUUUUCAAAGAUUUCGGUCUCCAGUUUAUGUGUAAUAGAGGUAUCUUAGAUAAAUCUAUUUCGUCGGACUUUAGAAUAAGUAAUUGGGUAAGUAUUAAGUAAUGAAGAAUGCAGCCUGUUUAUUGUAUAAUUUCGAUCAAUUUGCAUCAAUUGCAUGGACAAUUAUAACUGGUGUUCACAAUAUUUUGUGAACGUCCCAGGUGCCAACAUUUCUAAUCUCAUAAACAUAUUUUUAUAAUUUAUAGGUAUACAAAAUGUUUGAAUACAAUGAUUGUUGAGACUUGGUAAUAUUUCUUUAUCAAAAUGUAAAAGCCAGUUUGUAAUCAGUUUUUUUUAUUGAAAAUAAUCAGUAUCUAACAAUAAAAGAUAACAACGUGUACUGUGUAACAGCCUUUUAGAAGGGAAGAUUUUUUCAAUAAAUACUAGACGAAACUUGAUCUAAACCCAUAAA